UUCCUAGCGUCUUUGAGAGGCUGUUUAAGAGGCACUAUGUCUGCUAUAGUGCUGCAAGUUGGACAGUGUGGAAAUCAGCUGGGCCUGGACUGGUGGAAGCUCAUAACCAAAAAGUCAACUCAGCACAAGAAAAGAUGUCCAUUCAGCUCCAGAGAGGGUAAACUAGCAGCAGUGUGUGUUGACACUGAGCCCAAAGUCCUCAGAAAAGCUGCUGAGUUUGUCAAAAAUAAGGAAAUCCAUCCAUCCAACAUUAUUGAGGGGAAAGGAGGACGUGGAGGAAACUGGGCAUAUGGUUACUAUGGAGGCCGAGGUGAAGGUGAGAAUGGCUUACUCCAGCAUACAAUGGAGGCAGUGCGUCGAGAGGCGGAGAGACGAGAUUACUAUGGUGGAACGGUUGUCCUGCACAGUCUGAGUGGAGGCACAGGGUCUGGUCUUGGUUCACGGCUAUGUGAGGAAAUUCGUGAGGAGUUUCCUGUGGGUCAUAUCCUGACUGUGUCUGUGGUCCCUCAUCAAAGCGGAGAGAGCCCGCUCCAGCACUACAACACUUUACUGAGUCUAGCAGCACUACACAGGUCUGCUGACGGCAUACUUCUGUUUCAUAAUGACCAUGUAUUAAGUCGCGCUGGAUUUCAACAGAAAUCACAUGCAGGGUUUGGAGCUGUCUCCUGUGGUUUUCCACAAAACACACUCUCAGCAAUGAAUGCCCACAUAACCUCAUGCAUGGCUGGACUCCUGAUGCCAGUGAAUUCUCUUACUACAGGCAGUGGCCAGAGUUUGGGAAUGGAGCCAUGGGAGUUGGUGAGGUCUGUAUGCCCCAUUCCUACAGCCAAACUACUCUACACCACUCAGGCUUCUGCUAGUGAGAUGUCGCACUGGGACACUUUAGUCAGUGAAACACUUAAGAAUCUGCUUCAGCAUUCACCUGAUGGAAAACCUUAUUCUAGUCGUGCUGUGCUGGCAGUUGCACGUGGCAACCGGGACAACUCAUUUAUCGAUUCAAAUGUCCUGCAGAAGCUGCGACAAGCACAUAGGUGUGUCCACUGGAAUCCUUUUCCUGUUGACCACUGGACUGAUCCCCGAAAUGAGGCUAAUGGCUCCUUGUCCACCCGCAUGCUCACUGUAUGUUCCAACCACAGCAGUGUCACAAGGUUAUUAGGCCAUGUAGCUCAACGUGCCACAGAGAUGUUAAGUGCACGAGCCUAUCUACACUGGUAUGAACGUUACGGCAUAGAGAUGGAAGAAUUUCAGCGGGCAUUAAAUACACUUUCCGGUCUCAUUGAGGAGUAUGAGACUCAGUGAUGCUUAGAGCUGUCACUGAAUCAUGAAUCUAUUAAUGCGAUAUCCAUGGAUGGUGUUUAAUGCCUAGUUGUGUACUUAGGUUUUAAAAUGUCUUCAUCUGCAAGCAUUUUUAAAGUUCAAGGACAUAAAAAUAUCUCUAGCUGUAUCUGCUGGUGAAAAAACACAUGGUCUGGCUUUUAUUGUUGAAACCAUUCACAUCAUAGAAUUAAAACUGAAUAAACAAAGAAGAGAUAAAAGAAAAUACAGACCUUCUUAGAAUCAAA